UUUCCUGUGAGAGAUGUAUCGCCCACAUUCUCUGUUCACUUAUAAACGGUCUCCAGAUUUCGGGAAUGCAGAUGUUGCUCUUUUGUGCGCCUCGUUUCCGCACUGUCAUUAUUUCCGUUAUGUCGAUUUGCGAAGAGUAACGGUCUCAAAACGGAGAAUAGCAAGCAUCACUGUGAACUGUUUGGAAGUGUUUCGCCGGCGCGAUGGGGGACAUCGAGGCUCGGGAGAGUAACCGAUCACGCGAGGCUGGAGUUCGCUCUCUUCUCCCGAGUAAAGAGUUCAUCUCCUCCCGAAAAGGACAACUUCUGAUCGGUGAAGUGGUGCUGUCGUUCAUCAGUUUUGUGUGUUUUGCUGCCUCAACAGCGGCUGCCUUUGUCACAGCUCCUUUCAUUGAAUUCUUAGCAGGCCUCUUCCUGCUCUUUGCUUAUUCUACAAAGUUCAAUGAGAGAUUCAAGGGCUUUCACUGGCCCCUCAUGGACUUCCUGCGCUGUGUCAGUGCCUCCAUUAUCUUUUUCAUAAUCUCUAUAAUAUCCGUGUCAAAGUAUCCGGAUGGAGCCUCCAAGGCUGCUGGGGUCUUUGGUUUCAUAGCCACAAUAAUUUUUGCCCUGGAUUUUUAUUUCAUCUUUAAUGAACUGGCUAACUUCCUCAAGGGAGGUGAUUCCAGUGAGGAACCACCCAAUACACAAGAUGAUGACUCAGACUCUGACUCUGACUAAAGCUGUGAUUGUGUCCGAGAAGAUCUGGUAUGUGACCACUACAGUGCCUGAUAACCAAAAAACAGACUUUGGAAUGUCCCCAGAAGUGUACCAUUUAUUAUGUCUAUGUACUGCCUCUAAACAGCUUAUGUGUACUUUUUGUAUUGUUUACAUAUUGUGUUCAUUUUUAUGUGCAAGCCUUUUUCUACUUCUAUACCUGGGAUGUUUGUGCGUGUUUAUGAAUUCAGAGUUAUUUUCUCCAAAUAUUUUCUCUUAAAACUGACCUUGCAUUACCUUGGCGAUGAAGCCCGGUACUGGGUAUAAUGCUUUUUUUUUUUUAUGUUUUGCACCAAAUAAAAAGGUUUACAUCCUAUCUGAAAAUAGCAGGUGGUUGUCUGGUCAGAGCCACCUGUCGCAUUUCCACAGGUCUACACAUUGGUGUUCAUUUUAUGUCUGGCCAAAGUACUGCAAAAAAUGGCAGUAAUUUUCUUGUAGUGCCCAAUUAGCAAUGCCAUUAGUGCACUGCCCUGCAAUUGAACCUGUAAAAACAUUUAAGUGGGAGCUUUAGCAGUGCUUUAAUGGAGUGUCUCCUGGUUUCUGUAUUCUCAGGCAUGCUGCAUUUAUCCACAUAAAAUAUAUUCUAGUGUUUCUGUGAAGGACUGAUAAGCUUCAAGGAUUGUUUUGGAAACUGUUAGACUGCCACAACAAUAAAUAUAUUUUGUGCA